CUCAAAAAUGAACCCAAAAUGAACCCAUAUUUUUUAGAUGAUUUUUUUCGUCAACGUCAAUCAAAUUAUCAUUAUUAAUUAUCAUCGGGCGUAAUUCCUUUUUACUCUACCAAGAACUUAAACAAACUUGGAAUUCGCCUGUUGUGUAGCCAUUUUUCAACACUUUUAGUUGUUUCUGAUGAUAGACCAAUCCAUAAAAUCAGCUAAACUGACCCUGGCUGAACCAAAAUUCAACAAUUACAGAUAAUUUAUAGGGUCCUAUCGGAAUCGUUAAAAGAUACAGGUCUUUGAUUCGAACUUCGAAGCGAUGAAGAACGGCAAGUUGAAGAAAAGUGGAAAACAGGGAGUAAAGGUAGCGAAGGCGAAGGGAAGAAGUGGAAGCACGAAGAGAACGCCUUUCCAGCUCUUUGUGACCUCUUGCCGCGUUCAACUAAUGAAAACGCUCGUCGCCGAAAGACCAAGCUACCACGAGUUUUGUCAAUUGUGCUCUAACCGGUGGAAAUCCAUGUCGACCAGUGAGAGGAAGCCAUUCGAACUCAUGGCGACUCAGCCGAAUGAGGAAAUGAAGAGUCGUGAAUCAAGAGGACGUAAGAAGCUGAGCAAUCUCAAGAAAAUGCGUUUCAAAAAGGCACCAGGGCCAGAAAAGCCACUCACCUCUUUCUUCUGGUACUGUUGGGACGAACGCCCCAAAGUGAUGAAAGAUUAUCCAAACCUCAAAAUGACCGAGGUUUCCGAAACUCUUGGCUAUAUGUGGGCCUCCUGUUCUCAAGAUAUCAAGGACAGGUAUGAAGCGUUGGCGUUAAAAGACAAAAUUCGGUAUCAGAAGGAGCAGCUCGAGUUCGAGCACAACAACAAAGGACAUGGGCAGCAAAUCGAAAAGAAGAAAGCUCAAAGGAUGGUGAAGAUCACAGGAGGGAGAGAAUUCCAAAACAACUCCCAAAACUAGGCUAACCAAGUAAACGCUGUGUUCAACUAAAUUUUAUGGUUGUGCAUGUGCUCACAAGGAAAUUUAUUUUAGAUAUUUCUCUAAUAGAUUUUAUGGAUUUGGAUGACUAGCUUGCUUAAGUUAGAUUAUAUGUUUUUCUUAAAUCAAGUUUGUCAUUUUUGAA